AUGCAUAAAUCCCGCGGAGGUGGAAGAGGUCGAAAGAAUAACAACUUUCGUAAGCAUCGUCCUGAUCGAGAGAGUCGCCCCUUGGCUGAGAAAUUGUCCGAUCUUGCCGUGAAUAGUGAUUCCUCUUCCGAUUCCGAAAAGGAAAGUGAUGGAUCGUGUUCCGGCCACAGUUCUGGAGAGGAAACAACACCCAAAAGUAAAUUCGACAUUGGAAAACCGCCCAAGUUUCCCGUUAGCAUGUGGGAUUUGAAGCACUGCGAUCCUAAAAAGUGUUCUGGCCGUAAACUAGCCCGGCAUGGAUUGAUCAAAAACUUACGCCUGGGACAAAAAUUUCCCGGGCUUGUUUUGACACCCAUUGGCGUUAAUUGCGUGAGUCCACAGGAUAGGGAAAUUAUAAAAUCUUCUGGUAUUGCGGUGGUCGACUGUUCGUGGGCUAGAUUGGAUGAGACUCCGUUCAACAAGAUGCGUUCCCCAAAUCCACGAUUGCUGCCGUUCCUGGUUGCUGCUAAUCCGAUUAACUAUGGAAAGCCAUGUAAACUAUCCUGCGUAGAAGCGAUUGCCGCAUCGAUGUACAUUACCGGCUACAAGCAGGAAGCACUCUGGUAUUUAAACAAAUUUUCCUGGGGUCAUUCGUUCGUGGAGCUUAACCAGGAGCUACUCGAUGCAUACGCAAACUGUGCAAACAGCAAGGAGAUUUUGGAGGUGCAACAACAAUAUUUGGAAAAUGCAAAGGACGAACUGCAAGCAGAUCGAAGUUUUCCCAACACCGAAUCGGAGGACGAAGAUGAUGAGACAGAGGAAGAAAGUGAUGAAGCGGGCGAUGCAAAAAAGCCAACGGUGUAG